GCAGCGGAGACCACAACACAACACUCAACACAACGCAGCAAUUUGAUCUGCGGCUGUCCGGCCACUGUCAGCGAGCGAGCCGGGUCAUAGUUUCUGCUCGCGCAUUUUCCUUUUCCUUUUAUUUAUUUAUUUAUAUAUAUUACAUUUUUUUACUCCUCAAACUAACGGUCACCUCCUGAAGUCUCAAGACUGUCAUCCCAGUACAACAGCGCAUGUUAGUUUUGCUACUUCUAACACCCUGAUGGGACGUGCGCGUCUUCUCGGUAACCAACCAACCCGGUGUUUGACUCAUUUUUUCCCUCGCCGGUGGAUUCAGUAAACCGGCCGCCUUCCAGCCGGGGCAAGCUUAUUAGAAAACUAAUUUCUUCUUCUUCUUCUUCCUCUGGUCGAACUUUUGACGCCACGGAAAUGGGAACGUGUCAACGUGAGCGCGUGUCGGCGCUUUACCGACCGAGUUUCCGUUGCGUCGUGCUGCUGGUGUGGCUGAGCACGUCCGUCCGGGGGACCUGGAGGACGGGACUCUACCAGCCGUACUCCACCGGGACGCAACACACCUUCUCCUCCGUCUACCACAAGAGAAACUGGUGUCCUCAUACAGUCACCAAGACAGUGACUUGCCAGGUCCAGAAUGGGACCACUCUACAGCGGGUCUACCAGAUGUGCCGCUGGCCACAGGGAUGCACAGGGGGCAGCUACAGGACAGUGGUCAGACCCUCCUAUAAAGUGGUGUACCGCACUGUGACUUCUCUGGAGUGGAAAUGUUGUCCAGGAUUUAGUGGAACUGCUUGUGAAGAAGAAGCGGGGAACCAGCUAGUGGCUCAGGAGGUGGUGAGGAAGCCGUCCACACUGCGCCGCCAGCCUGUGCGCAUGGGAGAGCCAACCAGUAAUUGUGUCAACUGCACACGAAUCACGGCAUUGAGUGACAGGCUCAGCUCACUGGAGACAAAGGUGCAAUUACUUUCUGCCCCUGCCACCACCACGUCACAUCUCCACAGUACAGGAGUGACUGUGCCAGACAGCUCCUCGCUGAUGGGAGCUGCACCCGCUCAAGGAGCUCCAGGCGAGCGGGGACCUGUGGGCCCCCAGGGUGAAAGAGGGAGAGAUGGGAUUCCUGGGCAAGAUGGCAAGCCAGGGUCUCGAGGGCUGCCAGGCCCCAGCGGACCAAGGGGGGAAGCUGGGACAAGGGGCCCAUCUGGAAUCCCUGGAUCUAGGGGCACCGCAGGACCAGCGGGACCACGUGGUCCACCAGGACUUCCAGGAGAGAGGGGUCUUCCAGGUCUUCCUGGACCUCCGGGGCCUCCUGGACCCCCAGCGUCAGCCAGUGCCCACAUCCCACAACCAGAUCAUAGAAAGGGAAAAGACCCAUUCUUCUCCAAUACGUUCCAGGACUCAAAUGGAGCUCCUAUCCCAGGGCCUCAGGGUCCCCCUGGGCCUGUCGGUGGGUGUUUCUCUCUAUCAGCUACCUCUGGGUCCCCCAGGUCCCAGAGGCCCAGUUGGACCUCCUGGCCCCACAGGACAGAAUGGGAAACCUGGAGUGCAGGGAAUGCUGGGGCCCGUGGGGCCAAAGGGAGAGCGUGGAGAGAGAGGUCCUCUAGGUUACCCGGGAGAGAGGGGCUUCAGAGGAGAGCCGGGAGCUCCAGGCCCCAAGGGAGACCCAGGAGAGAAGGGCUUGCCGGGGGACGGAAUACAUCAGAUCAGAGAGGCGCUGAAGAUCUUAGCUGAGAGGGUUUUAAUCCUCGAGACUAUGAUCGGUAUUCAUGGUGAGUAGGAGGCCUGAGGCAGGGUCAGCUUUAGGCAGGGGUCAAAGAUGGGGGGAGGGGGUCUGACAAUCCCCACCUUGCUCCACUCCAGGGACAGAGUGUGGACAGUCACAGACAGCCCCAGGACCCCGCCUGGUGUUUCCACCUCCUCACAUGGUCCCCUUAUCACUGCUCUCUGAUAGGACAUUAGCUUGCAGAUGUUCCAAGACUUGCAGGCAGACCUUGAGCUUCUUGCUCGCAGGGUGACGCUGCUGGAGGCUAUCAUCUGGCCAGGUAAUGCUGAGUUACAUCUUCACCCACAGCUCUUACUGACCCUCUGAAA